AUGAUGAAGAAGGCGUUGCGAAAAUACUGCGUGCUGUACAACCGCACCCAGUGGGAUGCAUUCCUACCUUGGAUCAUGAUGGGUUACCGACUCAGCCGACACACGUCGCUAGGGGGAUACUCGCCGUACUACCUGCUGUACAGGCGCCACCCCGUUGUGGGCAUGCGCAUCCGGGACAUUGUGAGCGAGCCCAUCGACCUCGACUCACCCGUGACAAGCGCCAGGAUCCUGAGGGACCGCGCUGAGUUGUUCAAGACGGCCAUGCCUAUGGCGUUUGACAACCUGCUGAUUGCCCAACACCGUGACACCGAGCGUUAUGCCGUUGUCCGGUCUGGCGACUUCAAACCGAAGAUGAAACGCUUCGAGGAAGGGGACUAUGUCUACCUCCGGCAACAAUCCAAGGACACCAUGGAACUGGCCAAGGGCCGUAUAAUCCUGCGUGUGAAGCAGCUGCUCGGCACUGGCCGCCUGCUCCCGGAAGGCCGCAGUGAUGGCAAGACUAUCAAAGAUCAUGUUGAGAAUUAUCUGAGGCGUGUUGGCAUGUACCACACUGUGACUCCCUGGUUUCCGCUCAGUCGGGACGACUUCGCCCAGUAG